UCAAACUUCUCUAAGCGAAGAUAAUGGUGAAGUCGGAACAGUAGCGUCUGAUGAGGAACAGUUACAGCCACAGAGAAUGUCUUUUUCAAUUCCUGAUGACACGCAAGUCUACUUUACGGAUUCAAAGAGUAACUUUUACGCAUUUUCGCGAUAGCCAUAAGAUUAUAGCAAGAUUUGAAGAACUAAUAGAUGAUUUUAAUGAUGUUGCUGUUCGCAUGAAGCAGGGCAACUAUUCCAACUUCAUGAGAGAAUUGAAAUUUCGUUUGCUUGAUCUCGAAUAUACACGCAAAUGUGUUGCGCUUGAAAAGAAAAAGUGGCAUGAAAAGGCCAGAUCAGAUGAAUCGAAGGAAUCAUCAUUAACAAUGAAGGCAGUUGAUCAGGCAAUUACAACAACAAAAUUGAUGAUAGACACAUUAGAAACAAGCAUGACGCAAAUGACCCAAAUGAUAUCAGAAAAAUAUGCUAAAAUUGCAGUCGAUGAUCAGACAGUAGAGGCUGAUAGCCAUGAAGGAAAAGAGAAACGAGACGCAUAUAGUUCUGCGAUACCUGCAGACUAUAAGCCAAAAUAUGUGGAGACGUUAUAUCCAGUAACCAACUUUGAGCGGAAACUGCGCUCAUUAGCUCAGUUAUGUCAGGAACAGCCAUACAAGUCAGAGAAAGGGCAGACUGAAGAGACAGAAGAUAACAACGACGACGCAAAUUCAAUGCAUCGUUUAAUGAGGCAAUCAAGUAUCACUCAUACGACCGCAACGAUGAUUCCUUUGGUUUUCUCGAUGAUGGAUGAAGCUCAACAACAACAGCAACAACAGCAAGACAUAAUUGAUCACACGACUAAUUCAACAUCCUCCCCACCUCAUCUAUCUGCUAAAAUAUCCGACUUCUUUUCUUUUUCGAAAGACAAUCCUCCUAAUAACAAUAUCACCAUCGCCAAUGCUAUAAAGCAUGACACCUACUCAGAUGCAAUUACUUGUAUUCAACGCAUUGUUGAACGUUUAGGUAAAGCAAAUAUUGUAUUAGAUUUGGUAGAUGAAGAGAAUUACCAUAUCAAACCAUUAUCCUCUGCCUUAACAAUUGGACAAACCUUUAUGAUCAACUUCAAUAAUCCACCGUUGAGGAAAGAGGAUGCAAGCCUACCUCCAAGUCCGUUAUACAAGGAGAAAAAUUCACCUAUAGAGGACAAUACAAUUAAUAGCUUGUGUUGGUUUGACAAGCAAUUUGAAAUGAACACAAUUAUUGAAGAACACAAUAAUGACGAGCCAUAUCAUUCCAUGCUCUUUUCAGCAGUCGAGUUAUGGAAGUCAAGAGCAGAAAAUAGGAGGCAAGGAAAAUUAUUGAACAUAUUGCGCCGUUUUCAAUCGAUUAUCGUAGAUGUUAUUUUUGCCCUCAUGACGGGAAGAACGGUAGUAAUUGAAGGGAGUCAGCAAAAUAAAGGCCUAGUCGAGGAAACUGUUCGUGUAUUGAGUUUGUUCGUACCAGGGCAAAUGAACCAGCAGCAUGAGAUAGUUGAAUGGUUCGAUAAAGAAAUUCUGUCAAAUAUUGAAAUUGAUGAUGUCAAGUUGAUAGGUGUGGAAAAACAGAAAGUUGAUUCGAGCAUUUACAUCAACAGCAGCUGUGUUCUUGACAUAGACGCCGUAAAUGGUUCUUUGAACUCUGGCCCUAUAUAUGUCGAAGGACAAUGGAUCAACCAGUUUAUCGAUCGUGUAAAUCUCUUUACGUCUGAUGACGCUUAUUUGGCCUAUCUUCAUACCAUUUUCAUGACAAUUUCACUAAAAUCGUGUAUGUACCAUCAUCUUUCCAAAAUGGACGAAUUUAAUGUCAAUGACAAUAAUAGCGCUUUCACAGCAUCUUCUCCUUUCUGUACUGAAUUAAACAGAGAAUGUAUAUCAGAAACUAACUCAGAGCAAAGCACAAUAAGCCGAAGAUGGAGUCAAAGAUUAAUGACUUAUCUCAGAAAGAAUGAAGCUCAGCAACAUCAAUCUGAAUCGACGGGAUACGAUACUUCUAAUAAUAGGCAGUCAGCGUCACUUAUAACCAAAUACCUACCAAACUCAGAAUUGAAUACGAUAGAAACUCAAAGGGAGAAUGCUGAAAAAGAGGACUAUUCAGAAGAGAAUCAGGCUACUGUCACAUUGCAAAGUAUACAACUAAAAAGAUCAUCAACAAGUAGCAGCAGACCACGAACAGUAACAGAUAUUUUUCAACAAAACUUACCAACCACACUUAGCAUGUGUGAUGAUCGACCUAUAAGCCAGUCUUCCAUUGCCUGUACGGCAAUUGAAGGUAUUGAAAGGAGUAGUAUCUCAUCUACUAAUAGUAGCCGCAGGGUUUCAAUGGCAAGCUUAAAUAAUGACCCUAAAGCGAUAUAUACACACUUUGUUGCCGAAGAUACUAAAGAGAGCAAUGAUGACCAACUGACAAUGCAAGACUUACAAUUGAUGCUAAAUGUUAACGAUCUAAAUAGUCUAGACGAUGAUGAAAGAGAAAGUGCUUCAACAACCUGCCGCUCACCAAGACAAUAUAAUGGCAAUGAUGCCGAUUCUAUUGAAGAUUCUGUUACCGAUACCAAUCAGCAACAGCAACUGUACGAUAUGACAGAUAUUGAACAACGAGGUAGAUAUUUUCUGCAAAAAGAACUAAAGGUUUAUGGGGAUGACCAAACAAUAAUUAUUUAUCUAGCAACCAAUGUUCUCUGAAGAGAGAAAGGCUAAAUUACACUGUUAUGAAUUUGUCUUAUUCAAAAAAACUCGGUCGAACAAAAUUACCAUCUGAUUAAUUGACAAGUCUUUUGGCUACUAAACAGCGUUCAGCAACAGGGUUUUGAACGACAGUUGAUUUGGUAGAUUUUAUGCUUUAUGUUUUUCUUCGUUUAUAGAAAUUGUUAAAUUUUACAGCUACUAUCAAAUAAUAAAAACGUAUAAAUGCUGGCUCUCUAGCAACUAUUUAACAGGAAAUAGCAGUAAGCAGGUGUCUUUAAGGUGAGACUAUCCAAUAAGACAUUCGUCCUAAAUGCACUGAAGUAUCCAAAGCCGG